CAAUCAUGGCAGACGACAGAACCACGAUUUUCAUCACUGGAAAGAACCUGACACCGGAACAAUUAAUGGUCCUUGGAAAGGGUGGUGCAAUUAUUAAGCUGUCAGGUGAUGCAUUGUCAAGUGUCAAACGAUCGAAGAAGGUCAUAGACGAUAUAUUGGAAGACGUCAACAAAGUAAUAUAUGGCGUAAACACUGGAUUUGGAGAGCUGAAAUCAGAAGUAAUCCCAAGAGACAAACUUUGUGAGCUACAAGAAAACCUUAUCCGAUCACAUGCAUCUGGAGUAGGAGAGCCGCUGAGUCCUCAAAAGACACGUAUGUUGAUGGCGAUUCGAAUCAAUGUACUGGCCAGAGGAAACAGCGGAAUAUCUGUUGAAACAUUGGAACGUUUCAUAGACGCUUUCAAUGCAUCAUGUUUAUCGUACGUACCUGAAAAGGGCACAGUUGGUGCUUGUGGUGACCUGGCACCGUUGGCACAUCUGUCUCUAGGAAUGAUGGGAGAAGGAGACAUGUGGAACCCAGAUACACAACAGUUUGGUGAAGCAAAGGAGGUACUGGAAUCGCAUGGACUGAAGGCGAUAGAACUUGGCCCCAAAGAGGGUUUAAGUCUCAUCAAUGGUGCCCAGUUGAUAACAGCCAUUGGAACAUUAGCUUUAGAAAAAGCGAAAGCUAUUUCCAGACAAGCCGAUGUAGUUGCAGCCAUAACUUUGGAUGUGUUCCAAGGAACCGACGCUGCUUUUGACGCCGAUAUCCAUGCAGCAAGACCACAUGCUGGUCAAGUGAAAGUAGCACGCAGAUUUAGAUCGCUCAUCAAUUCCGAGGUGUUCCCUUCCGAGAUAUUUGAGCAUUAUGAGUCACACAAGAAGGUUCAGGACAACUAUUCGCUCAGAUGUAUCCCACAGGCACUGGACUACUUGGCAAUUGGUAUUCAUGAAAUUGCCAAUAUGAGCGAACGUAGAAUAAAUAGAAUGUGUAACCGAAACUACACGCCAGACGAGAUUCCCGCAUUUCUGGUCAAAGAUAGUGGUCUGAAUUCGGGUUUUAUGAUCGCUCAUUGCACAGCUGCGGCUUUAGUGUCUGAAAAUAAAGUUUUGACGCAUCCAUCGUCCGUGGAUUCCAUCUCAACCAGUGCUGGGUCCGAAGACCACGUAUCAAUGGGUGGAUUCUCUGCAAGAAAGGCGCUGACCGUGGUAGAACACGUGGAACAAGUUAUUGCCAUUGAACUACUAGCUGCUUGCCAGGGACUUGAAUUCUUGAAGCCUUAUAAGACUACUAAACCAUUACAGACUGUUUAUGACUUGGUGCGUACAGUGGCUAAACCUUGGGAUAAAGAUCGUUUCAUGGCUCCUGACAUUAAUGCUGUCACAAAACUUCUGCAAGAAGAAAAGGUAUGGGCGUGUGUGGAGCCAUAUAUCCAACAUUACAAUAAAACUAUGGGUUGAACUGGCGCCAUCAACAGCGAAUAUUGUGAAUGAUGUCACAAAGCGAAGAAGUUGUCGUAUUAUUUAGUGCUAUAUAAACAAAGUGCUAUUAUUAAACUCUUUGAUUAAUACAUUCUGUAAUAUAUAUAUAUAUGGAUAAUGAGAUUUUAAAUGGACAGAAAUAUGUUAAUUACUUUGAUCAGAUGUGAAACCGUGUGAUAUUUCAACAUUAUUAUAAACAUUAUCAAUAUAAAAUUAUGUAAUACCAAGAUGGCUAAUGCAUUUGUUUAACAUAAAUGGCUAACAUUUAACGUGCUGAUCUGAUGCCAAAUGUGUUGGUGGCGUAUAUUAAGCUUGUUGUUGAUAUUAAAUAUAUGAAAUGGCAUUUCCUUCGUUUUUGAGAGGAGUUCAAAGGAAAAACCAGAAACUUUAGCAUAACUGCUUCAGAAAAUACUUUAUUGGAUGAAAACGAAAGGUUGAGUAAAUUCGUAAUGAAAUGGCCUUCAGAUUUUAAUUAGUCUUUGAUGAAUGUUGGAAAUAUAUAUGAAAAGGUUUAUUGUUUAUUAUUAUUACUGAUAUUGUAUCGUUUUAUUAUACUGCUAUAUAUAUCGUUUAUACCGCCUGGGCUUGAAUGUGACAAAACCGGAUAAGAUCUUGAACACCGUGUUAUGUGCGAACGUGUUGUAUAUUUGUAUCAAAGUUUCCCGCUUCAUAAUCCCUAGGAGGGUGUAUAAGCACUCGAUGUACUUGAUUCAUGGCUCUUCUAUGAUAUGUUCACGUAGUUCAAAUAAACAACUACUUAUACGCUAAUAA